UAUAUUGCCCAGGCCAGUCUCAAACUCCUGGCUUCAAGGGAUCCUCCUGCCUUAGCCUCCCAAAGCUCUAGGAUUAUAGGCAUGAACCACCAUGCCCAGCCCAACUUUCUAUAAUAAUGAAAAUGUUCAAUAUCUAUGGUGUAUCAUACCGUACCUACGUGACUACUGAGCACUUAAAAUGUGGCUAAUGCAAUAUAGCAAUGGAAUUUUUAAACAUACUUUAUUUUAGUGAAAUUAGUUACAUGAAGCCACCUUACUGGACAGUGCAGGUCUAAGGGAAAUUUACGGUGGAAAUUGGUCACAAAGGCAAUAUGCAGAUAAAUAAACACAGAUGAAAUUAAACCACAGAGUGAACUGCGCCUUUGAACUGGAUUUUCUCCCAUCCUUAAAGCGUUGCUUUUCCUUAUCCUAUACACAAAGUACUCAAUAAAUAAAACUAGCCUCAGAACAGAGUGAUCUUGCAUCAGGCUUGAGAAUUUCUGUCCCAGAUAGGUACCGGUUUUGGUGCCCUAUAUCUAAACUUCCAUUAUUACAAAAUGACAGCAGUCUUACCUUCACUAUCCCUCAGAUAAAUAUGAUGAGGAUGAAUAGCUCUGAAAGUUAUUUGGGCUUCUCAUAAGCAUGCUGUACUUGACCACUUGGUUGACUGUCCUCCAGGCCUCUUAAUCCUUUCCUCUUUGAGGGAGUGGAAACACAAAAUCAAGGGUAGGCACUGGGGCAAAAAUAUCAGUCAGGUUGCGCGUACAAGAUACAUCUGCUAGACUUUUUAGUGCCAAGGAACAAGGCACUGCAGUGUUCAGUACUUCCUGGUGUCAUUAAUCAAUAGUUAUGAGUAAGCAGUUUGGUGUACUGAUACUGCUGUGCGUCAUUUAAUCAUUUAUCUAAAUCUAUAGGUUCAAUUAAUUUUCUUUGUAUUUACUUAACCUUAUUUUAUUCAAUAGCAAACCAGUCUUUCUGCCUGCUAGAGAGCCAUGAUAUUUUCUCUGGUUCUUGGAAGAACUGUACUUGGACCUUAUAUAAUCCUCAGAAAGGCAAGAUCUGGACUACGAAUGAGUCACCUGCUAAUUAUACCAAUGGCUGCUCCUUCCUUGACCAGUCACAGAGUAUUACCCUAUCUCGGUAUGCUGCUCUGCUUGUCGCGUAGUAGGUCAAUAAAUAUUUGUUUUGUGAAUGAAUGUAUGAAUAAAGGGAAGUUUGUCACGUGUAAGGGUGGGUAGCCUGCGAUAAAUAAAGUGUAGACUAGGAGGUCUCAAAAUACUUUUUGAACUAAGCCCUUAAUCUUCACUACUUUGGAGUAGAAUGGAAAUGUCACCAACGCCUUCCCAAUUAAUUUGCCCUUGCUGUAAUGACUGAAACUAGAACUUCCCUUUACACCCAUGACCUCUACAGGCAUCUCUUUCCUCCGCUCAAGAACAGUAACUGCUCACUGCUAUGUCAGCCACAUAGCCCCAGAGCCGGGGUGAGAGGUAGGGCUAUAGGCUCCUAACUCCCGGCAGUGCCUCUCUCCAAACCCCCACGAGGGUGGGAUAGCUCCCUCCAUCUCAGCAGCCGCUACCAAGCACCCGACCCACUCUCGCCCGCCUCAUCCCUCGAUCCCCUUCCCUCCUUCUCACUACACUCCGCGUAAAACUACCCCCGCCUUCCCAGCCCCACCACCAGUUUUCCCACUUCCGCCCGGCGCGUGAGGCCCUGGGCGGUGCAGGGGAGCGCUGACGACAGACGUGGGCCGUGACGUCGCCGCGCCCUGACGUCAAGCCGACGGGCGGCGCGGUCGCCCGGGAGACCAGGAAAGCCGUUUCACACCCGUCGUAGUCGAAGUCGAGAUUUCUUUUUGCUUCAAAGCUCUCUCACCAUAUUUUGGGAAGUUAUGGAUCGUCACAUUCCCGUGCAUGCUUUGCCUGAAGAAAUCCAAAAGAUGUUGCCUGAAGAAAAAGUUUGUAAGUACUGUGGAGUCAGCUAUCUAAUUCUUCAUGAAUUUAAAGCUAUGGAAGAAAAAGUGAAAGCAAUGGAAAAAGAGAUGAAAUUUUAUCAAGGAAGUGUAGAUCGUGAAAAGAGACUUCAAGAAAAACUGCAUUCUCUUAACCAAGAACUUGAACAGUACAAAAUUGACAGCAAAUCCAAAACAGAAAGAAUUUACAAUGUAGGCAUACAGUUAAAAAAUCAACAAAAUGAAUUUCAGAAAGUAGAGAAACAACUGAGUCAUUUGCAAGAUGAGUUAAAAAUUAAAUAUAGACAAUCAUACAUCUUCAGUCAAAGAUUGUCAGAGUACAAAUAUUUCUGGAAUAAGACUCUUUCAUUACUUACUUUUACUAAAAGGGAGCUCACCAGUAUUAAAAAUGAAGUGUAUGAUAAUUACCAAAACUGGACUUCAUUGAAAGGAGAAAUUUUUCUACAAAUUAAAUCUAUAAGUGAAACAGCCUUGACAGAAAUAGACAUACUGAAUAAAAGUUUGAUAGUGUCCCAGAGAAAUAAAGUAUGCCUUGAAAAGGAAAUGAAAAAUCUGAAAUUGUUGUCAGAUGCAGCCAUAUUGAGAUCUCAGCAGAUUCAGACAUCUAGACAACAGGAAGUAAACUUGCAAACCAGAUGCUAUGAUUUGGAAAAAGAAGUACUAGAUUUGCAAUGUCUAGUAGAGGCACUUGGAGUAAAACUUCAGAAGGCAGUGACAGAGAUGGACAACUAUAAAGAAAUGCUUAUGAAUAAAUCUAAUGAAGCUGAUGACUGUCAAAGAGAACUUAGAAAACUGAAGUUUGAAUCCGUUAUUUCUGAGUCACAGCAUACUAUGCUGCUUAAGGAAAAAGAAGACUCUUUAAUGACUUGUCAACAAAUAUAUAGAGCAUUACAGGAAGAGCUGACUGCAAAAGAAAAACAAGAAGAAGACAUAAAGAGAAGAAUUAACCUUGCAGAAAAUGAACUGGAGAUAACCAUAACUCUUUUGAAUCAGACAAGGGAAGAGGUUUUAACCCUGAAAAAUGAAAGGGAAUUGAUGCUGAUUUCACAUCAGAAAAGCAUCGAGCAGCUGCAAGAAACCCUUAGACAGAAGCUGCUGAGUGAUGAUAACUGGAAGGAGAAGAUUGAAGCAGAACUUGCCAAGGAAAGGGCCCAACACUUGGUUGAAUUUGAAGAGCAAGCUCUUCUCUUUAAGGAAGAAACAAAACUGCAACUUGAUAUUGAAAAAGAAAAACACCAAGAUAUAAUCCAAAAGUAUAAGAAAGAACAAGAGGAACUACAAAUGAAGAUAUCUGACUUAAUCACAGGCGCUACAAGAGAUCUAAGACAGGAAGUGACCACUCUUAGAGAAAAACUUCACGAAUCCCAUAUUCGGUACACUGAAGAAUCUAAGUCAAAGGAAAAAGAAAUUGAAAAUCUUAAAAAUUUGGUUGCAGAAUUUGAAUCUCGCUUGAAGAAGGAAAUUGACAGUAAUGAUUCAGUUUCAGAAGACUUGAGGAAGGAAAUGAAACAGAAGUCAGAUGAACUGAAAAGAGUAAUGCUGGCUCAAACACAACUGAUAGAGCAAUUUAACAAGUCCCAGGAAGAGAAUACUUUUCUUCAGGAGACAGUGCGUAGAGAAUGUGAAGAACGCUUUGAACUGACAGAAGCUUUGAGUCAAGCCAGAGAACAGCUCCUGGAACUCAGGAAGCUUCGUGGAAGUUUACCAUUCUCACCGUGUUCCCUCAGCAAGGGCAGUCUAACCUCCCCUGCUGCAGCGAGAUUGGCAUCCCUUGUAAUGGCCUUUGACAAGAGAGUACAACAUCAUUGAAGAAUGGCACUGGGUGGAUCUUAGAAGUCACCCCAACUGUAAUUUUACAGAUAAGGAAUAGAUGCCCAAAAAGAUUGUAACUUGGUUAAGGUAGUACAGUUAGUUAGUGACAACUAGAACCAGAACCACAAUCACCUUACCCCAGACUUUCCACCUCACUGGAGCUUUCCAAGCCUCCAUCAUGACCUUUGUCAAUAGCACUUACACUAUAUGUGGUUUAUAUUUUUCCUAAAUGCACUUACUUUUUAACCUGAAAUUUAUGUAAAAAGUAAAUUUGACUCAAGAAGUAGCUAUAAUGAGUUUGAUUUGCUGUUUUUUUCUUAUACACUUUGAAA